AUGAUUUCCUAUAAAAAUGGAGCCAUACUCGUGAACAGCAUCAGUUUGAUACUAACCACUAUCAGUUUGAGUUAAAGCGCAAUGAAAUUCCAUAUUCUGUUUGUUUUGAUAAUCAGCGCACUGGUGGGCACCCUAAUGGCUGCCUCCUCGAGUGGAACACCGCCAAGUGGUCCGCCACCAAAUGGCCCACGACCAAGCGGAACACCACCAAAGGGCCCACGACCAAGUGGACCACCGCCAAAUGGUCGCGGCCCACCAUCCAACAGCACCAGCUCCAGCAGCUCUGGCUAAUUCCAACAUUUCAGUAUUUUCGGCAAAGCUUUGGACAACGGACAAAUCGCUAACUAGCUUAAUUUAUCGCACAAAUGCACCAGAUUUUAUAGAAAAUUUUAAAUUAAAAUGCUGUACAAAUUA